GUUGUUGUUUCGUCGCAAGGUUCGGACGUGUAGUUAUCCGAGGUGCACAUUGGAAGUCGUUCGGCUCGUUGCGUUAAUUUCAUUUUUUUUUUCUGUGUAAUUUUGUUUUGCAUACUAAACGCAAACGGACACGACCACGACGGAGUCGUUUUGACUAACCGAUACCGAUACCCAAUGCCCGUGCCCAGGCAUCAGCAGAUGUGAAAUGUGACGACACGACGAAAAGUGUCCGCAAUCGCGCAGCCGAGGCGACAAAAACCAUUUUGCAAAAGAAAAAAAAAAAAAAAAGAAAUAGAAAAAAGUGAGAGGAAUCGGCAGCGACGCUCACGCGUUGCGCCCCCAUUCAAAAUAAAAGUGAAAACGUGCAAAAUACACAAAGCAAAAAAGAAAGAACAGCAGCAAUAAAGUAUACAUUUUAAUCGAAAAAUGUGCGACGCUGUCGCUACUACAACCACAACAGCACCAGGAUCAGGAACAGGAACGAGUGGUGCUGCUGGCGAUACAGCGAUAGCAAUGGAGGAGCGUACGCGACAAAGCUGCUGUCGCCUAUGCAUAGCGCCCGCCAGCGAAUGCAUUUCGAUCAUUAACAGUUAUGCGGCCGAUAAGGAGCCACUGGCCACUAAAAUACACAACUGCGUAAAUAUCAAGAUCACGCCGUUGGAUCGUCUAUCGCUGCAUAUUUGCCAUGCCUGCAUCAGCUAUUUGAACUCUUGGCAGAGCUUUAAGAAUCGCUGCCUCAGCUCACAGUCCAAGCAGCGGCAAUGGCUGGACACCGAUAAAAGCAAGCAGCAGACACUUUUAGGAUAUUUGGAUUUGAACAAAACGGAGAAUGGCAGCUCCAUUGAACAGCAGCACGAAACAAACAUCGAUUCAGCGACAGUUGCAGCUGAAAAGGCGUCCGCCAACAUAUUGGAUGGCAUACCUUCGCUGAAGAAACGCAAAUCGUUAACAGUCUAUGUGAGUCCAAAGCAACAGCUACAACAGCUACAACAGCUACAACAGCUACAACAGCAACAACCUGCAAGAACAACGAGCGCGGCGGCGGAGUCACAGCAAACACUGCAGUCCCUUUUAUUGCAGGUGCCCUCAGCAACAUUGUCAACGGCGUCAACUCAGCAGCAGCAACAGCAACAACAGCGCAAAUAUCAACAGCAGCAGCAACGUGGCAGGCAGCAACAUUACCACCAGCAACAACAACAUCAGCAACAACAACAUCAGCAACAACAACAUCAUCAGCAUCGACUGAGUCGAAUACGUCAACCACGACGCCAGCAACAGGCGGCAACGUCUGCUCAGCGUUUGGCUAAGUUCAAGCCUAAAUUGUGUUUACCAUUGGAUAUAUCAGUGCCACCGCUUCCACCGUUGUUGCCGCCGCCGUUGCCGCCAAUGUUGUCAACUAUUGUUGCUGCUGCUGGUGCUGAUUUGGCGCCGUUGCCAUUGCCGUUGUCGCUGCCGCUUGAUUUCAGCCAGAGUCAGUGUCAGAAUCCGAACGCGAAUCAGAGUCAGAAACAUGGCAGCGUGUUGCCGCCACCGCCACCGCCGCCGCCGCUGCCGCUGCCGCUGGCUCCAGUUGCAGCAAUGACCAGCAACGCCUCUGCCUCUGCUACUGCCACUGCCGCAGCCGCAGCCGCAGUCACGACACCAUUGCUCAUGCCGCCGCUGCCUGCCAUGCCCAUCAAGGAUGAGCCCAUUGACGACACGGAUGAUGACUUCCAAAUGAAGUGCAUAGACGAAUCCGAUGAUAUGAUGGAUCCAACAAUGUUCCUAGAGCGCUCCGAGCAUGAGGGCGAUGUGCCACUAAUGACCUCCGACUAUGAUUACACGGCGCAGCAUGGCGUGACGGCGGUUGUGGCGGCGGCAUCGCUGCCCGCCAGCGCGGUUGCAAAUGUGGCCGCCGCUGGCGACUCCAAGGUGGCCAGCUGCCGUGCCUGCAGUCUGCAGUUCUCGACGCGGGCGAAUGCGCGACGCCACGAGCGCAAUCUCCAUCCGAAUCUGUUCCAAUUGUCGACAGACUCGCCAAAUAAUACGCCCAUCACAAAACCGACGCCGGCAUUGGCAGCCGCGCUGGAGAUACAGCGUGCAGCAGCCGCGGCAGCGGCCACCGCGGAGGCAACUAAGGCUGCCGCCGGUGGCAACAUAUCAGCGCAAAAGUAUCGCCAGGUGGUCAUGAACACGUUCAUCAAGUGCGAGAACGGCGGCUUUGACUACGACAAUCCGGAACAGUAUCAGCCGCUGCUCACACGCGACAAGGUUGACUUCAUUCAAGAGAACAACGAGUUUCUGGAACAGUACCAGACAAUGACCUGCCGCUGCUGCAACAAAUACUUUAACACAUACAAGAACUUUAUGGCGCACGUACGCAAAAAGUAUCCGCUGCUGCCGCGCAAUUUAUGCUUCAACUGCCUCAAGAUGAACGACUCCAAGGCGCUCUUCAUAUCGCAUCUGAAGAAGCGCAACUGCAUCAAUUUGUAUCGCGUUCUCAACGCUCUCCGCGUCAAGCAGCCAAACUUCUCUCAUGCCACCGCAUCCGGAGUGGCUGUCUCAACCGAUAUGAGUGGUGUUCAAGGUGCUGCUGCUGCUGCUGCUGCAGGGGCAACAGCACUCGAAACAUCAAUGGAACGGCCAGAGAAGCUGCGCGCCAAGGAGCUGCUGGUAAACAAACUGUAUGAGUGCAAGCUCUGCCCAAAGGGCUUUCGCACCAAGCACGAGUUCCGCACCCAUGUGUACGACAAGCAUGCGGAUGUGCAGCGCAAGGAUAACAAUUCGAUACAGUGCAGCUUCUGUGGAUUGGACUUUGCCGAUCCCGUAGAUCGUCGCCGUCACUACAACAACAUGGACUGCAUUGUGCGGCUACGCUGCAUGACCUGCGAUGCCAAGCUGGAGACGCAUCAGCGCUUCCUCGACCAUGUCUAUCAGGAUCAUUUGGGCGGCGUCAGCAGCGACAAUGCGUCCACCGCGAACAGCGGCAUGGAUCAUUCGCCGGGCAAGCGCAGCCUGCUGGGCGCUCUUGGCAUUGGUGUCAGUCAGUCAUCCAAUGAUGAGUCGCGCAGCAGCAGCCACAACAACAACAAUGCAGUGGAAACGCCGCUCACCUCAACACCAAAGCCAGCUGCAUCGGGAACUGCAGCUGCGGCGACCAGUGGCGGCUCCACAUCUGGCAAUCGCGAUGCCCCCAAAUCGCAGUAUUUUUCCCGCAUGCCGCAGGUGUGCCCCAUUUGUGGCCAGCAGUACAACAACUACAACAACGUGCUGCGCCACAUGGAGUCAAAGCAUCCAAAUAAACUGCCCGAAACGUACAAAUGUGUACGCUGCGGCCUUGGCUAUCCGCGAAUCUCAUAUCUGCGCGAGCACAUGAUUAAUGUGCAUGGCGUGGACAAGAAUCGGCAUUCCGGAGGCUUUGAAUAUAUUGUUAAUGCCGAUGCUGUUAAAUUGGCGGAUGGCAGCACGCCCAAUGUCUAUACCGGACGCUAUGAUUAUGUGAUGAAGGAUCUGAUGUCAAUAACAAAUGGUGGGACACUCGAUGAUGAGGACGAGGAAAGCGGCAGCGUUGCCAAAAAGAUGCGCCUUGAUGACAGCAGCAACAACAGCAGCAUCAACAUGAGCAUCGCCAAUCAGCAAAAGGAAUGCCUCAUCUGCAAUGCGGUGUUCAGCAACAACAUUGGCCUAUCCAAUCACAUGCGCUCGCAUUAUACCGCCUCCACGACGACGAGUGCAGCGCUGGCGGCGGCCAAUCGCAUGACGCCAAAGUCACUGACAAUUACCGCAACGCCGCCGCUGGAAACGGCUGUCGCAUCGUCCACUGCGUCCAUUGCGGUGUCAGCGGCGGCGGCAACAGCAGCAACGCCCGCCACAAGCACAGCUGCAGCUGCCGCAGCUGCGAGUGCAACUACAACAACAAGUACAACAGCAGCCGCCGCCGCUGCUGCUGCCUCCGCGUCGGGCAGUUUGCCGCCGGCGAUGGCACAUCAAACGCCACAGGAGCAGGCGGUAUUCCGACGUAGCCUGGAUCAGGCAGCCGAUCGUCGCUUUCGGCGCAUGCGCUGUCGCAUCUGCCAGCGCAGAUUUAGCUCAAAGAAAUCGUACCGCUACCACAUGCUGACCGACCAUCAGGUGCAGAACGUGCAGUUCAUCAAGUGCAAGCUGUGCAAUGCGGAGUUUGCCUACGAAAAGGGCCUCAAGGUGCAUCUCUUCAAGGUGCACGGACGAGCCAUUAAGGACGAGAUGAUUGUGAAGCAGUUCGAGUGUGAUAUCUGCUCCAUUGUCUACAGCUCUGAGCUGGAGCUGCAUCAGCACAAGCGCAGCGUGCACAAGUCCCAGCUGGGCGCCAGUGAUGCGGCCAAGUCAAAAGCGUCGGCUGCCGAUCUCGCCGAGACCUCCGGCACGGCUGUGCCCGCCCUGCCGCUCUACUGGUACCAGUGCAAGUACUGUCCAUCCAAUUUCAAUACCAACAAGAAGCUGGCCAUACACAUCAACUCGCACGACGAGUUCGACUCGAACGAUUACUCGUGCAAGGACUGCGGCAAUGUCUACAGUGGCCGCAAAAGCCUUUGGGUGCAUCGCUAUAAGAAGCACCCGCAGGUGCCGGAUCCCGCUGAGUGCACGCUGUGCCGCAAGAUGUUCUUUGACCGCCAAAUGCUGGAGAAUCACACGCCCACCUGCAAUCGGAAGCCCAUCACUGCCACCGGCGCCCAUCAGCAAGAUUCGCAGCAGCAGCAGCAGCAACAGCAGCAGCAACAGCAGCUGCAACUGCAUCAGCAGCGCGGCAUAUUUAAGCACAAAACGGGCGACGAUGACGAGGAGGAGGAUGAUGAUCAGCUGAUGGUGCUGGACGACGGUGUCUGCGUCGGCAGCAGCAGCAGCAACGGCGGCAAUGCUGCAACAGCAGCAGCUGCAGCAGCAGCAUCGAGCAAUGCCAAUAGCAGCACAUUGAAGAUACGCAUACCGGAGGUGGCAUGCACCAUUUGCGGUGCCCGGUUCACCGAUCAGGAGAUGUUCAGCAAGCAUAUACAGAAACAUGAACAGGAUCUGUAUGUGGAUAAUCCAUUGGCGGCCAUGUUCGAUGAUGGACCAGCGGACGCUGGCCAAUUUCAGGUGGAGCGCCAGAACGAGAACGGGGAAUACGCGUGCGAUCUGUGCGCCAAGACGUUCCCCCAGGUGAUAGCGCUCAAGGUGCAUCGCAAGUGGCAUUUCAGAGGUGAUAGCAAGCAGAAUCCCAUCAUCGACGGCGAAGCGACAACGCUGAACAACAGCAGCAGCAACAACAACAACAACAACAAUUCGCUGAGCUCCUCAUCGAUGCUGCAUCUGCGCGAACUGCAUGCUGUGGGCCUGAUGCCCAAUCAGCAGCACCAGAAACAACAGCAACAGCAGCAACAACAACAGCAGCAACAACAACAACAGCAGCAGCAGCAGAGGAAAUCGCUAAAACGGAAACGUGAACUGAAAUGCGAAUAUUGCGCAUCCACAUUCAUUAGCAACAACAACCUGCGUCGCCACAUGUACGAGCUGCACAAGCACGAGGUCAGCAACCUGCCGGAGCCGCCAGUGAUUGAGGUGGAUGAGCCUUUAACCUGUCGCCGUUGCGGCGAUCUGCAGUUCGAUACCAAGGAGCUGUGGAUCGAGCACAAAUUGGCCGAUGCCAAGGUGGUGCGUCCCUUCUGUCCAUUCCAAUGGGGCUGCGAUCUGUGCGGCGAGUACUUGUCGCGCAAGGAGAAGCUCAUCAAUCACAUUAACAAUCAUCUCAAGGAGGAUGUCAUUGUGCCUGUGGCGCUGGCCACCAAGCCAGCCUCAACUGCACCCAGCAAGAAUGCAACAACAAAAUCUGCAGCAACAACAGCAGCGGCAGCGGCGGCAGCAACUGGAGGCACAAAGGGCAUAAUCAGAGCGGGAGCAGUAAGAGUGCUUAAACAUAAACAAUCGGAUGAGCUGCAGGAGCAGCUGAACAUGAAAGUGGCGAAGCGGCAGCAAAGUGUUCAUGUGGAUGAGGAGACGGCGGGGCAGGAGCAGCAGCAGGAGGAGGCGGAUGAUAGUGAUAUGGAUGAUGAUAGUGGCGAUAGUGGCGACGAUGAUGAGGAUAGCACAAGCGCCGAUGAUGAUGACGACGAUGAUGAUGACGACGACGACGAAGAUGAUGACGACGAUGAGGGCGAUGUGGACGAUGACGACGAUGACGAAGAUAUUGUGGAACAGCAGCUGCUGCAGCAACAACAACAACAACAACAGUCUCUCAAUAGCAACAAGAACAAGAACAACAAUAACAACAACAGCGUGGUUGCAAAUGAGGAUGACGAUGAUCUCAUUGAGGAGGUAAUCGAGGAUGAUGGCAUUGUCGAGGAGCUAGAAGAUGAUGAGGAUGAUGACGAGGACGACGACGAGGCCGAUGGCGUUGAUGAUGAUGACGAUGGUAACACAACGGAUGAGCAUCUGGCGCUGCCUUCCAAUACCACCAAACAGCAGCCGAGACGCCUCAACUUUGACUACACGCGCACAGACAGCUCCAAGCUGAACGGCAAUGGGAAACCGACGCCGACGCCGACGACGCAGCAGCAUCGGCAAAAGCCAAAGGGUCAGCAGGCGGUGCUGGUCGUGCACAGCUCAGAGGAUGAGGAUGAGGACGCUGAGGCUGAUGUCGACAGGGAUGAGGAUGUGGAUGACGAUGUGGAGGAGGAUGAGGAUGAGGAGGAGGAGGAGGAGGGCGUGGGUGAAGCAAUGACCAUUGAUGAUAUUAUUGAAGAAGAUGAUGGGGAGGAUGAUGACGAUGUGGUUGGUGUCGAUGGUGCUGUUGUUGAGGAUGAUGAUGAUGAUGUUGAGGAAGAUAUGGACGAGGAUGACGUCGACGACGACGACGAAGACGAUGACGAUGACGACGACGACGAGAAUGUUGGCAAUGCUGCUGCUGGUCGUCGCCCUGGCGUCGCCAGUGGCAGUGGCAGCGGCAGCGGCAGUCGCAUCGGCGCGUCUGAUGGUGUGGCUGCUGAUGCCGAUGGCGGUACAUCAUCAUCUGAGAGCGAGUCAACAACAACAACAACAUCGCAUUCAAUUGGUGAGCGGCGUAAAAAAACAGUAGUUAAAUCAGCGGCACAUGGCGCUGCCGCUGAUCAGUCUAAUUCCAGCUAUACGUGUGAUCUAUGUCAACUUUGUUUCGAUUCUCAGGAGCUACUGCAGUCACAUAUUAAAAGCCAUUUUCUGAAUGGGCCCUCGGCGGGCAGCGGCAGCGGCAGCGGUAGCGGAGGUGGCAGCAGAAGCGCCAGCCUCGGCAGCGCCAGCGCUAGCGGCAGCAGAAGCCACAAUAAUAAUAAUAACAUCGACAGCAGCAGCAGCGGCAGCGGCGUCAGCAGCAGCAACAACAAAACCAAAACCAAAAAGUCCGGCUUGGAUGCAAUCAAAAGUGGCAGCGCUGCAACAACAAGAACAACAAAAACAGUUGCAGCUGAAGCAGCUGCAACAACAGCAGCAGCGGACGCUGCAACCAGCUUGAACUGAGCUUGAAAAAAAUGUACAAAAGCAAAAACAAAACCACACACCGCACACAUCCACAACGCAUUCCAUUGCCAAACACACGCACACAUCCACACAUCCUCACACUCGACACACACACACACGUACACACGCUCACGCAUAUGUAUAAAAAAUAGAGAACUGUAUGUGUAUGCGUGUGUGUGCAACACAAUUUUUUUUCUUGCUGCUAAUUGCAGUGUUGGUAAACUUCUACCGCAUAUUAACUGCAAAAACAGACACACACACACACAUACACACAAACAGACAUAUUAAGCUUACAUAUUUGAUAUAACAUGAAUACAUAUAUCCGUACAUACAUAUAUAUAUAUAUAUAAUAUACUUUUUUUUUUACAUGUUAAAUUAGUUGGUAUCACAGACAACAGACAGGCGCGGCAGUGUCUCCAGUUUUGAGUUUUAGUUAGUUAAGCGAUAUAUAUAUAUAUAUAUAGAAAUAUAAAUAUGUAUAUAUACGUGCAUACGUAUAUAGAAUGAAUACAAAUAUUUAAGAGGUUAAUGAAAAAUUAGAAUUGUCAAGCGAAAAAUUACGACGAUGACGACGCACCAAAGCAACCGCAAACUGUAGAAGGCAAAAAAAGCAACACAAAAAAAAGCAAACAAAAGCUAACAUUCGUUUUAGUUGUUAACGUACUUUUAUUUUAUAUUAUUAUAUUUUAUUUCAUUGCUUUUUUUUUUUUAUUUGCUGUUUUUAGAUUUUGCACUUUGCCUGCCGUUCGGUUUAAAAAACCGCUCUUCAGUUUUAUAUUUUCUCUUUUUUUUUUUUUUUAUAAGUGUAUAUAUUUUAUUACAUUUUAGUGCGUUGCUCCAAUUUUGAAAUUAUCUCAAGGCAUUUCCAAGUUUACAAAUUAAUUUAACGUCUGUUGGGACAGUAAAUCGUUAACUCUUUCGACUCGCAUAGUUUAAGUUACAAAACAUAAUAGUCUUACACACACAUGUAAGCAUAUUUAAUUUCUCACACACACACACACACACAUACACACACGAACACCCUCACCUACGAGCACCCACACCCAUGCACACCAGACACGCAUUGGGAAUAUUAUCAUUUUUUAAUAUUUAUUUCAAAUGUACUUGAGACUCGAUACGAAUUCACUUAAUCAAUAUAAUUUCGUUUAAUUUUUUUCAACAUAAAACCAGUUUAGAAAGAAAUGAAUAAUUAGUUUUGCAGGCUUACAAAUCAAGAACAAGAAAAACGGCACAGAUCGGUCGGAUAUAUCCAUCCAAGUCUGACAAAUUUUUUAAAUUAAAAGUUAAUUUUUGCCAUACACGCAGCAUUAGCACUUUGCCCCAUUUAAACAUUUAGUAUGUAAUGUGUAUAUUAACUAUUUAUAUUUAAUGAUGCAUUUCACAAAUAAUUCGUUUCAUGCUUCAUUAUUCAAAUAAAUCAUAUUCGUAUGUAUGUGUAUACACACUCGUAGAUAAACAAAACACAAAAAAAAAGAAGAAGAAAGAAAAAAAAUAGUGCAUACUGCAUAUGUUAAUUACGCUUACGAAUUAAUUAAUUAUUGCGAUUGCAAACACUUACCUUUUACUUGUAAAAUUAAUUUAAGGUUUAUGUAUGUAAUUGGAAGCUAGUUUAAAACCAGAUACAAAUAAAAAGAAUCGUGAAUGAAACAAAUGCAUCUGCAUUUGCCGAAUUGAA